AUGGCUAAACAUCACCCUGAUUUGAUUUUCUGCAGGAAACAACCCGGCGUAGCUAUCGGACGCCUUUGCGAAAAGUGCGAUGGUAAAUGCGUAAUAUGUGACUCUUAUGUACGUCCGUGCACCUUGGUCAGAAUAUGCGACGAAUGCAAUUAUGGUUCUUACCAAGGGAGAUGUGUUAUUUGCGGUGGCCCGGGGGUUUCAGACGCAUAUUACUGUAAGGAAUGUACCAUACAGGAGAAGGAUAGAGAUGGAUGCCCAAAGAUUGUUAACCUCGGCAGUUCAAAAACUGACUUGUUCUACGAGAGAAAGAAGUAUGGUUUCAGAAGACACUAG